GGGUUGGGUUGAUAUCGAAGUCACUUCGCUGUGAGAUCAGUCGUUUCUUUCUUGCUAAAAUGUCUGAGGGAAUUCAAAUAAGUGCCAAAUUAGAAAGAACAACCACAGAAUCGGGUCAACAGACACCAUGGGGCUUUCGGCUACAGGGUGGAAAGGACUUUAGUAGACCAUUGACUAUUCUUAGGGUCACGCCAGGAAGUUUAGCAGACAAAUGCGGCCUAAAGGGAGGCGAUAUGAUAAUGAAAAUAGGAGAAAAUGAUGUGUCUAAUGCCUUUCAUAAAGAUGCCCAAGCUUUUGUGAUGAAAAGUGGAGACUGUUUAGAAUUAUCAAUACAAAGGGGUGGUCGUGCACCAAUGCCAAUGAUGGGAGGAGGAGAUUACCCAAUGUACAAUGAAGAUAACUCCGGCUACCUCAACCCAAAUCCACAAUACGGGACCCCAACUGGCCCUGGACCACGUGAAUAUGCUGCUCAAAAUGUUACUCAACAAAUGUCCAACUUAAACUUAAAUCCGAUGCCAGCCCCCUACAGUCCCCAUGGGCAGCAAAGUGCAGGUUAUACAGGUCCGCAGUCUCCUUCUUUCCUUCAUUUACAAAAUGAACUUGAGUUUGAUUAUGAAGGUGGAGAUGAGAUUGAUGCCAGUAAUAACAAUGUCUCAGUAGCUCCACCUAAAGAUAAUGAUACUCCACCGGAGCUACCAUCCAACCCUCCACCAGACUUGCCUGCAUGUCCGCCACCUGACUUUCAGCUGAACCAGCCACAGAGAGUGGUUAAGAAGCAGUACAACUCGCCUGCUGGGCUGUACGCUGGUCAGACUGCAGGUGAAGUGAAGGCUGAGUCAUACACACAUUCUAUUAUCAAAGCAGCAGCAAGACCUGCAGGGAUCUCUGAACCCUCUCCAUCCAUACCCGACGCUCCUGCAUUCGAACCGAAAAAAUCCGAAACAUAUCGGCUAUUGAAAAAAGAGGAAGUGCCAAAGAAUAAUAGUGAUGUGCAAAAUGGCAGCAAUUCGCUCUCAAGGAAAAGUAAACCAAAACCAUUAGUUAAUGAUGAUCCUGAUCGUGAGCCGAUGCAUUCCCGCUCAUUCAAGAUGUUGCAGCAACAACUACAGAGUGACACUUAUGGAAAAGAACCCCUCCCCCCAGCGAUGGCAUUGAGGCAAGGUUCACCAAACCCUGAUAUUCGAGGUUCUCCUUUACCAGCACGGGUUUCCCCAAACCCUGCCACUGAUAGGAAGUUCUCACCAGUGCCGUUUAGGCCAGCUUCCCCGCGGUCGAGUUCACCUCAGAUGCAGUCCGUUUCGCCUCAGAUGGCACCAGAACGGAAAAUGACACCACCGUCUAUUGCUGUUACACCUGAAGUUAACAAACCUGAAGUUAAAACUGCUCCGGCUCCUUAUGUCAAGCAAUACAACUCCCCUGCUGGGUUGUAUUCUGUCGAAAAUACCGCAGCAGCGGAAGCGCCCCCUGCCGACGCUACUGUCCACAUUAUGGUUGAACGACCAGUUGAUGAGCCUUUGCCUGAUUUUGCCGACGAUGGGAGCAAACUUUACCGCCCUCAAUUCAGCGAUACAUGGAAGCUCCUGCAAGAGAAGGAGGCCAAAAAGGACAAGGAAAAGGCUGAAGAUAAGACUGUUCCUUCAGAACGACCGGCCGAACCAAAUCUAGGGCGUACUAUGAAUAGUUUACGACAACAGCUGACGACUGAACAUCGAGAUCCUGGUCCAUCUCAUAACGCUCCAGCAAUGAGACCCUCACAACCUGCACCAGCACCGGCCUGGCAGCCCCGGCAUGUCCCCCCUGCACCAGUGGCUGUACCCAACGCUCAAGUCAGUGGUCAUAAGUGGCAGCCCCCAAGUGCUCGUCCCACUGCACCUCAACAAGGCCAGUACGGUGCGCCAUCCUCAGGUCGUGGUGGAACUAGAGGGAGGAAGGGCGAUGCUUCAAUGAGACAAGGUGAUUCAACAAGGAUCCCGGUGUGUAGUCAGUGUGGCAGCCCUGUGAGGGGUCCUUUCGUAUUGGCUCUGGGCAAAAGCUGGUGUCCAAAUCACUUCUGCUGUGCCAACUGCAACUGUAAACUAAUUGAUAUAGGCUUCAUCGAAGAAGGCGGCAAGCUUUAUUGUGAAAAAGAUUAUGAACAGUUCUUUGCUCCUCAUUGCAAGAAGUGUAAUCAAGCUAUUAUUGGGGACUGUGUUCAUGCUAUGAAUUCCGAGUAUCACCCACAUUGUUUCGUAUGCACGCAUUGUCGGCAACCAAUUGGAAACUCCGGCUUCCAUAUGGAGGAUGGGCAGCCUUUCUGUGAAAGAGACUGGAUGCAGAUGUUUCAAACAAAGUGUGCUGCUUGUGAUUUCCCUGUCGAACCCGGUGACCAUUGGGUUGAGGCCAUGGGAGCGAACUACCACGCUGAUUGUUUCUGUUGUGCUGUAUGUCGCAAGCCGCUGGAAGGUCAGACAUUUUACGCCAAGGAUGGCCGUGCCUAUUGCUCGCAGCACAACAAGGGAAGGUUCUAAAACUAGAAAAAUUCUUAUACUGGUACUAUUCAAUUUACUUGAAAUGCUAUUUCUAUUUCUUUCUGUUACUGUAUGUGUUUGGGACAUGAUUUACUCUGAAACAUUUGUAUAGUUACCCGCAUGCUUCCUGAAGUGCUGUGAACUGGUUGUGAAGAUGAAAUGUACCUUGGGGUCCAUUGUGUAUGUUCUUCGUAUGAUCCAUUGCUCCUGCCAACCCCUUCAAGAACUAUAUGUCCAUCAAACGUUUUCAAUUUCGUAUGAGAAUGUUCUGUGCACCAUCGAGAGAGAUGCUAGCUCGGUGCUCAAGACAGACUGUCAUUACGAUCUUUAACAUUAGGUUUUUUAAACUGUGGAAAUUGUAAUUGUGUUCAAUCUGCGUUCGAGACAUGGGAAUUUGGUUGAUUUGGUGAAGGAGAGUAAUGUAGGAAUGGCACUUAUAAGUUGUUAAAAUGGAUAAUUAUUGAUUGCCAAAUAUUGCUUGUUUGUGACAUAUUUAAUCUAGGCUUUAGAUAUAGCUUUUGCCCCAGUAGAUUGCUAAUGUAAUACUUACACAACAUAGGUUUGAGAUUUUGUUUUCGUUGGUGAUUUGUUUGUAAUGCAUUUUGAUAUUUUAUUCAAUGGUUUAACUUCACUCGGUUACAUUGUCUGCAUUUGAUACAAGAUUCUAAUUAAUUGGAUAAAAUGACCUUGUGUCAUAAUGAAACAAGUAUUUUCCACGGUUAUCAAAACCAGUGGUCACAACCAUUUUGUAUAUGUCUCUGCUUUGUACAUAAAGGGUAAGAGUGAAUUUGUGGCCAAAUUUUGAAAACAAAUAUUUUGUAUCUUUGCAUCAUUUUAUGAUUUGUAGAUACUUGUACAUACAUCUUGUGCUGUUCCUGAUUAUAAGCAAAUGACAUGCUUGGGCUGAAAAAGCAAAUUAGUGCUGGUAUUAACUUCUAUGUGCUUUUUAUGCUGCUAUGUACAAGCCAAUAUUUCACUGGUGUCUAAGUAGGCAUAUGUGAUGUCGUUUCAGAAUGCUCUCCCUGUACAAACUUUUGUAGUGCUUACCUUUUUGUCCAUGACGAUGACAACAGUAGCCACAUAUCUCGCUUUUAACCUGACAAUAGUGUCCAACAUGAUGUUCGGAAGUUCUUAAAAGUUUACAAAUUUUACCAUUUUGUCAAACAAGGAAGUACUGUACACUGAGUGUGAGGCUUGGCUCAUACCUCUGCCUGGGCCUUUGUGUGUGGUGUUAUAAUUGACUUACAAUAUGUACCAUGAACAGUAUCUUACAAUUACACAAGGAAGAGGUCUGCAGUAUGGUGCUAGAAAUCCUAAUACCUGACCGUCCAAAUCCGACAAAUACAAAAUGCACACAUUUUGCCUUCGUAGUGAACUCUAUGCAAAAAGUCCGCUCUAGUUUAUAAAUGACAUCUUCGAUUCUGAUAGAGUCUGAAAGAUAUCCGCCCAGAUUUCAUCAAUUUUUCACCAGGGCUAUUUGUCUCGUUGAUGAUUAUGUGAUCAUUCUGUCCAUAUGAAUUGGGUACUCUGUACACACAGGAUUCUCUUUAUAUUAGAAGACAUAGAUAUACAAGAAACAGUGAUCUGAUAUUAGUCCACUAUUCAUAUUCACCUGUUCCCUGCCUGCCACCUAUUGUCAAAAGUGUGAUUAAAACUUGUAUAUACGGAUGUCUAUAAUGUUUUAUGAUGUUAAUGGGAUUGUUUUGAUGAAUGUACAAGGUUGCAAGGUUUUGUACGAUGAUUUGUAGCAACUAAUAUGUAAUACAAUGAAUGAUACCAAGUAUGUAUAUACUUGAUGAUACCCACUCUCCAAUCUAAGGUCAUUUUGUCAAGGUAGGCUGCUUUGUUAUAAAAAAUCAGUAUGCAGGUUUCAGUAAACUGAUGUUGUGAUUAACUGUCUCAGACCAGAUUUGGAGGUCAGAUUUAGUGUUGUUGGAGUUUUAUAGAUUGUACUUUGAUGCCAAGAACUUGAAGAUACAUUUUGAUACUGCUUUCUAUUGUUAUGAAAUGUUAGCAUUCUUGAAGGUAAUCUCCAUGUCAUUAACUUGUGUCUUGACCAUUGACCCUGGCCUUGGAGAGUGGGUACUGCGACUCAUGCAUGUAGGCCCUUACCAUCUUGAGCUGUCAUGUAGCACACAAAACAGUUUAUUUAAGAAGAUAGAGUGGUUUAAGAAUAUUUACAGGUAUAUUUAUUGUCUAGAGAUAUUGACAGUUAUAGAGUGUAUGAAAUGAUAUUUGUAUUAAAGUAGACUCCAUUUGUAUUGUGUCUUUUAACACCUAUUGACCUCUGGUGGCUAAAACUUGUAGGAUGCCAUAGAUUAAAUGAAGCGAGUUGUUCAAAAUGA